AUGUACUUUCAAGGUGAGAGUCUCCAGUUCGACGCUUGGGUCAAGGAGAAUAAGACUGCCGCUGCCUUGAGAAAGACGCGCAGAGGCCAUAGACGACAGUCUUCUGCGGUAACGUCCAGUGAUACCACCGUGUCGCAGACGUGCCGCUCUCCCGGCUCCCCCGACUGGCCCUCUCCGGCUGGUAGGGACCAUGCGCAGGCAGCUUCUUAUCCUUCCUGUUACGUGGAUAACGGCGCAUCUUCAUCUAUGCUAGCACCUUCACCGCCGGCACCAUGGCGGGAUAUACUGAGCCCUCUCGAAACACGAUGGCUGUUCAGCAUCUACCACAUGGGAUUCGACACGGUAUUCGGGUCUUGGAUGGGACGGUUCUGCUGUCCGUUUGUAUACGAGUAUGCACACCACUUUCCUCAGAGACAACGUGUCCGACAUGUUGUGCUAAAAUCCAGACGAAAACAUAGGGCCGGAAAAAACAGCCGUGCAGAUAAGUGUGUGCGGAUAUCUGACCUAUGUAGGAAGCUCGACAUGUGCAUGGAGUACGGCACUCUUGACGGACCCAGGGCCGACGGCGAUGAUCACGUCAUGGGUGAACGGUACAGAAAAAUGGACGAGUCCCUGGACGGCGCCAUCCUCUCCUUUUCUGCGAGGUGGCUUCCCCUGGUAGUCGAGGGAAUGGACAGCCUGGGCGGCGAGAGCAAUGUCAUCCAAGUCCUCUGGCGCCAAGCCCGCCGCGACAUGCUCAGGGUGAUCAACCGACCUUCGUACCGGUCCAUGCUUUCCCUGUUCCUGUUCGCAUCCACCCCCAUCCCGGCCGGUAUAUCCGAGGAGGAAGAGGCCGACGGCAUAUCAGGCCAGGCAUGCGUGCACGCCGCCCUGCAGCACAUCCAGAUCCUACGAGCGCGGCAGCGCAACCUCCAAUUCAACGGCAGCAAGGUGUCGCCCUGCCAGCAGGGACGCGCAGCCGUCAUGGUCCCCGCCGCGAGGCCAGACCCGGCAGAUGCAGUCGACUUCAUCGACGCCGAGAGCACGACGUACUGGGCCGCCCUGACGUUCGACACGUCAGCGUCGCUCACGCUGAACUGCCGCUCCCUCCUGUCGUCCGGUCUGUUUGGGUUCGACGAGGAGCUCCCCUGGCGCCUCGUGCGCACGUGCGCGCAAAUGUUCAACGAGACCAGUCAAGAAUGGCAGUCGUCGUCCUUGUCUGGUAGGACCGGUAGUAGCAGCAGUACCGUCGAGCUGACAGACGAGCGGGCCAACCAGAUUAUCGGCGCUGCGUCGGCGUGGAAGCUGCUCAGCUGGAAGUUAAUUGCCAUUUUCAAGGAGGCCCUACGCGACGGACACGAAGAGACGAGGGUGCGCAAAGCGUACAGCGACGUGGUCGACUCUAUCAACUACUUUAACACGACGUUCCGUCCUCACCUAGACGCUUGUCAGCGACGCAUGCAGUUCCUAGACCAGAAGACCAAGCUACGAUGGUACGCUCUCAUGCUGCACUACCACCUGAGCAUCCUCAUGCUGGUGGACAUUCUCGAGGCCACAGAAAGAUACGACCUGUUGAGCGGUCUCGAGGAAGUCAGCCUGGAAGCAGAGAAUGCCGUCAUGAACACGCUCGUCUUCGGCCUACACAACGUCUAUACCAUGAGUGUUGGAACGCAAGACGAUGACCUUCAGGCUGGCGUGCGAGACGGGGGGGACGAUGUCAACCGCUGUAGCGUCAAGCUCAAGGUGACGGCCGUCCCGCUCACCUCGAUAGACCCUUACCCUCAUCACAUCCUGGCGGGCGUACAGCUCCUGCGCAGAGCGAUAGAGCGUGACUUUGAAAUGGGCAAGAUCACCGACGAGUCAUAUGCCCAUCUGCAGUCCACGCUGGGGAAGACGCUUAGUCUGCUGCCGCAGAGCUCCAAGUCCGUGAGGGCGGCGCGGUCUGGCGACGAAGGUAGGCGGCAACAUCAGGAUCCGUACAGGGUUCUGCAUUCGAAUAUCGCAGAUUCAUAUUGA